CCUCUUGCGCUCGCUCCCGACGCUGGCCUCGAUUUCUGCCUCUCCCCCAUUCUCUCUCAGUGUCUUUAAGUCGCAAUCCUCCCACUCGCAAGGUAGGGUUUCCGAUUAUGAAUCGCGACACUGUGCUUCGAUUGGGUCACCGAAGGCUAGGGUUUCCACCACCACAGCCACCGUCAUCAUCAUCAGCUUCCUCAAAUUCUACAUUGACGCCGCUGUCUUCUCUUUCUCUCUCUGCUUCGAACCCCCAUGGGAGCUCUCCGGUUUUCUCCAACAAUAUGGGAAAGAAAUCUGAGCCCGUCAUAACAAAAUGCAAGGAGAGCGAAAACUGGACAAAAGUUACAUUUAAGCCUGACUUAGCAAAAUUCAAUAUGACUCAUCUUGAAGAUGAUGUUGUUGCCUCGAUGAAAAAGCGGGUGAUUGACUUGGCGGGAUGCCUUGGAAAGACUGUGAAGAGCAUGAUGAGUUACGUAAAGACAUUGAACAGCUGUGUAUGCAGCAAGCUGGUCCUGGUUACCUUGAUGUGGCUACUCGAAUGCAUUUUCAGAGGAAAAUAGCGAAUGGAAUGAUUGGCAAACUACUGUUUUACAGGAGCGUAA